CUCUAUGGUCCUUUUUUUUUGGUUGGUGCUGUAUGAUUUGGUGCAACUGUUUAAAAUUUAAAUUUUGUUUUUAAUUAUUAUCUUACGAGGGGGAUUAAUUCAACAUUUAUUUAUGUACCUAAUGCUUUAAAUAAUAUCUGUAUUCUGUAUACAUUAACAAGUACCUAUCAAGAUGAUCACAGCUCGGUAAAGUGCUGAUAAGCUAAGGCCAAGGAAUAGUGUUUCGGUCAAGUUUCCGUGUUUAUAUUUUGUGAUUCAAAUAAAUAUUAUUUAUUUGGAGUCAAUAUUAAAGUAGAGACAAGAGACAUACCUAAAGCAUCCUAAGUUAAAAUUACCACGUAAAAGAAGUCUUCGAAUACUUCAUCAUGGCUUCAAAUGAUUCAGUUCUAGAUGAUAAAAUAUCUAGCCACACAAUUUUACAAAAGAUAAAUGCUAAUUGUCAAGAUUCAAUCUCAAACAAGGCCCCAGACAUUAAUGAUUUCACCAUUGUUAAACCCAUUAGUCGGGGUGCUUUCGGAAAAGUUUUUCUUGCCCAUAAGAAGAAUAAUAAAGACCAGAUGUAUGCAAUUAAAGUGAUGAAGAAGUCUGACAUGAUAAAUAAAAACAUGGUUGCACAAGUUGUUACAGAGAGAAAUGCACUGGCAUUAUCAAGAAGUCCCUUUUGUGUUCAUUUGUUUUACUCAUUGCAGUCAGCAUCAUCGGUCUAUUUGGUUAUGGAAUUCAUGGUUGGUGGUGAUUUGAAAUCAUUGUUAGGGACUUAUGGAUUUAUGGAAGAGCCUAUGGCUGUGUUUUAUGCAGCGGAAGUAACUUUAGCUCUGGACUAUUUGCACAAACAUAACAUUAUCCACAGAGACCUGAAGCCGGAUAAUAUGUUGAUAUCAAAAACUGGCCAUGUUAAACUAACUGAUUUUGGCUUAUCUAGAAUUGAAGUACAUAGAGAUUUAGAAAUAUCAGAUUUUGUCAACUGCACGCCAAGUCUUACUAUGCGAACACCAGGACAGUUGUUGUCGUUGACGUCACAUCUAUCGUUUGGCUCUGGAGGCAAAGACGGCGCGCGGCACUCGGUCGCCGAUACUUGUGAGAAUCUCCUUGAUCAACUUAUUGAUACUUCUAAAAAAAGCGACUCCCCUCUGUUAGAUUACUCUCAACUGUCAGGGAUACAUCCUUUUUUGAGCGCGGAGAGCAUAAUUUUGGGUGAACUGUCUAGUCAAGGUUCAGGAUCCGGAUCAUUAAGCUCGUACCACACUUGCGAGAGUUCUAAAAACAGCACCAAUAAUACGAAGAGCAGCAACAAAUCAACUGACAUCAGCAGCACUUACAGCUCAUCUGUGGAGUCCAAUGUAUUCACUGAGUCGCAACAUGACCAGUCCACUUCCCCACUGUGUAGAGGGCAGUCUUUGAAAAGGAUACCUAGUUUCCGUGCCAAGAAGAGAAAGAGAAUACUAGACUGUGAUGGCGACACGCCAACAGGAGUAACGAGUCUUAUGGAGUCUAAAGAAAACCACAGUGGCCUUACUCAAGAAAUCAUGGCUUUAGAAUUGGAAGUCAGUCAAAACACGCCCAAAAGGAUGGCCAUACAUCCCACUCCCGACAGACGUAAAAAUCCCCUUAAAGGAGUAUUAAAGAAAAGAUGGGCAUCACAGAACGAUAGUCAUCAUUUUAAUGUCGGUGUUAUAUUCUCUACGCCAGUGUCAAAUAAGUCGCCAGACACAAAGAAGAAAGCGACGAGAUUCAAUUUACCUCUCGACGAUACGGUUUUGAGUAGCAAAGACAAGUCAGCUACUUUUGGGAAGCACAUAUCUACGAGUUUAGAGAUUUUUCCUACAAGGAGGUUGAGUAAGGACGAAGGCAGUAAAUCCCCGACAGAAUGCAAAACACCGCUCGCAGCCGCACAGACACCGUAUCGGACGCCGAAGAGCGUGCGGCGCGGGAACCAAAUGUCCGACCAACCUAUCCUCGGCACGCCCGACUAUCUUGCUCCAGAACUAUUAUUGCAACAAAGUCACGGCCCAGCCGUGGACUGGUGGGCGCUGGGCGUAUGUCUGUACGAGUUUAUGACGGGAGUGCCUCCUUUCAAUGAUGAAUCGGUGCAAGCUGUCUUCAAGAACAUACUGUCUAGAAAUAUAGAAUGGCCUGAAGAGGACGAGGCGCUGUCAGUAGAAGCGGUGAGUGCUAUCGAAGCGCUGCUGACGAUGGAGCCCGCCAACCGGCCCGGCGCCGCGGCCGUCAAGGCCAUGCCAGUGUUCCGGCAUGUAGACUGGCAGAAUCAACUCCAAGCUGAACCACCUUUCGUGCCAACCCUAGACGACAUCUAUGAUACUGGAUACUUUCAAGCACGGAAUAUCCUGCAGCAUCUCCAUGUAUCAAACUUUGACAUGUGAAGUUACAUCGGGCGGUACAAUUUUAUUCAUUAGCUAAUUUUAAUUUGUGCGAUAUGAUCGUAAUAGUACCAAAUAAUACGAAUUUAUAUUCUUUAUUUUAAAAGUGGGUACUGUUUUUGUGGUGUACCAUAAAGUUUAUGAAUUAUGAAUUAAUUAUUAUUAUCAAUUUUCACAUUGUUUGGCUUUAAUCACAUUAUUACGACAGAGUCCACGCGAAUAUAUACAUUACAUAAUAUUAGAUAUAAAAUUUAGCUUACUUUAAAUCUGUACAGUACAUAAUAUUAAAGAUAAAAUUUAGUUCACUUUAAAAAAUUAACGCGCGAACUAACUUAGAAGCAUUUACAUAUUGUAAUGUAACUAAUUGGAAUUCGAUUUUGAGCAUUACUUACAAUAAUGCAGUACUAACCGGAGGAAAAUUUGCUUUCACUCACUACAACAAUGUUUGAAGUUGUCUAAAAUUAUUAAAAAAAACUCGGGUCCUGUUAAACGGAUGGGCUGUGCAAAUGGAUCGCGUUUAUAGUAUUAAGUACUAUAGAUUAAUUAUACGAUUAGUUGUAUUUUGUAUGUGUUGAGGUGACUUAUUGUUUUCCUUUAUAUUUCGUUGUGUCCUACCCAAGUGUGAAUGAGCUUAGUUAUGUAUUAUCAUUAUAUUAUAUAUCUGCACAUUUAAUUAAAAAAUAAACAACAUGUCAAGGUAU